AUGGUACACAUUAGUCAAUUUGUACCGCGACCGGUCAAGAAAGCCGUCAAGGAGCUUGUCGAUUCGCUCAACUUCUAUCGUCUACACUUACUUGUCUUCACAUUCGUACCCAUCAUCUUCGCGGGCAUCUUCUAUGGCGCAAACGGACAGUUCAAGAUCUCUUUCAUUGACUGCCUGUUCCUUUGCUUCUCGUGCAUGUGUGUGACAGGUCUGACAACCAACAACCUGAGCCAGCUCACCACAUUUCAGCAGUUCUUGCUGUUCGCCCAGACUUGUAUGGGGAGCAUGAUCUUCGUCUCGCUCGUCAUGAUCUACGUGCGCAUGUACUUCUUCCGCCAGAAGUUCAAGCACAUCAUUGCUCAACAGGAGAAGGAGAGGCCCGGCUUCAGCCUCACGAAGACGUUGACCACGGCUCCGACCGCCCUGCGCCAGCGGUUUACUCGGGAUCCUGGGCGGGAUGAAUUGGUCACUGGCACGCCAACCAGUACUACCAAGGGCAGCGUCCACACGAGUUUCAGGAAGCCAAAGGGCAAGGGCCCGAUCAACAAGGACAUGAUCAAGCGCGUCGAUGGCGGAGGCGUCGGGCUCGUCAACCCCAUGGGCUGGUAUGAUGGUACCCCUAUCGCCACACCUAUGCCUACGCCCAUGACUUCCGCUCCUGGCACCCCAGUGCGGGCUGGCUCUCCAACUUACGGCGAACCCAGGAGAAGCGAGAGCCACGAGCUCAACACCUUUAUCAGUCCGCCCAGUGAACCGGAAACCAGUGACGACAGCAAGAAGCGGAGCAUUGACGGCGAUUCUGGUGAAGAGGAGCUGCGUAGCAGCCCGACUCUCAUCGGGCCCCUCGACAAUGGCACCAGACUCGGCAGAGUGGUCUCCGAGGACAGCGUCAUUGGUACAGGUACUGCCCUUGCGCCGCCGUCUACGGAACCUACGCGUCGCCCCUAUGCCGGCAUGGCUGCUGGCGAGCACGCGUUCCCUCGUUCCAUGACGAUUGCCUUCGACGAUCACGACGACGGACUCGCGCACGAGCUCACAUUGGGUGAAAAUGGUCGUGCCAUGUACUCAAUGCCGCGUACGUCGACGAUGCCCUCCAACGGGAUCCCCUGGACCGCGACUAUGGGGUCGAGCGCAUUCCCGCGAACAUACUCGCUCCGUCCUCAGAACUCCACCUUGGUGGACCCGAGGUACACUGGUUUUGGUGGUUUCCCCACCCCGCUUCACCUGCUUAGGAAAGGUUUCCGCAAGGCGUUUCCUCGAGCAGCGACCAAGUUUCACGAGACCGUGACGAUGCCUCGCACGAACACUGUCACGGGACGCGACAGCAUCGACUCUGGCGACGGCCGACAUGUGCCUUACAUUUCGUUCUCUGCCGCUGUUGGUCGCAACUCCAAGUUCAAGGGGUUGACCGAGGAGCAGAUGGACGAGCUAGGUGGUGUCGAGUAUCGUGCCCUCAAGCUUCUGUUCUGGAUCACGCUGUGGUACUGGAUCCUACUUCCGCUGGCAGGUGUGACCAUCAUUGCGCCCUACAUCGCUGCAGGCGGCCGGUACAAUCACGUCUUUGACAGCCAGUACAAGAUCGUACGAAUUCCGUGGUUUGCAUUCUUCCAGGCAUACUCGGGUUUCGCCAACCUCGGUAUGAGUCUCGCAGACGCGUCGGUGGUUCCUUUCCAGACAGCUUAUCUGAUGAACACUGUGGUAGCACUGCUCAUUCUCUUCGGUAACACUUGCUUCCCGAUCCUCCUGCGCGUCAUCAUCUGGGUCAUGUGGAAGAUGGCGCCGGCCAAGUCGUCCAUACGCGAGUCUCUCCAGUUUUUGCUCGACCACCCUCGCCGCUGCUUCGUCUAUCUCUUUCCCUCAACAACGACGUGGUUCCUCACCGUGGUCGUUCUCAUUCUCACCUGCAUCGACUUCUUGAGCUUCAUGUUACUUGACAUCGGUACCCCAGCUAUCGAGGCGAUCCCUGUCGGCACCCGAAUCGCGGCGGGUCUCUUCCAAUCCGUGGCAGUGCGUGCGGCUGGUUUCGCGAUCGUGCCCAUGAACAACGUCGCGCCAGCUGUCAAGGUCAUGUUCGUCAUCAUGAUGUACAUUUCAGUUUACCCGAUCGCCAUGUCCGUUCGUUCGACCAACGUUUAUGAAGAACGCUCUCUCGGCCUCUUCGAGGACGAGGAGGAUGACGACGGGCUCGAGGAGGAGGAUCUCGGCAAGGAGAAUGGUGCCAACGCCGUGGCCAAGUAUCUCGGCUUCCACGCACGUCGCCAGCUUGCUUUUGACAUGUGGUGGAUCGUUGGCGCACUUCUGCUUGUGUGCAUCAUCGAGCGGGGCAGCCUCAACGACAAGGAAAAGUGGGAGUACAUGAACGUCUUCAACAUCAUCUUCGAGCUCGUCAGUGCGUACGGCACUGUCGGCCUCAGUCUGGGCGUUUCGUACGACAACUACUCUCUCGUGGGAGCAAUGCGCACCUUGUCAAAGCUGGUCGUCAUCAUCGUGAUUCUCCGUGGACGCCACCGCGGCCUACCCGUCGCCAUCGACCGUGCUGUCAUGCUUCCAAAGGAGAUGGAGCAAAGUGACGAGGCGGUUGCUGGCGACCGCCUGCGGCGUAUGCGGUCGCGCAUGUCGUUCUCGCAGGCUUCAGGCAUGCCAGGCAUGCCGCGUACCUUCCCCGACAUGACCACCGCCACGACUGACGGGCCGAACACAUUUGACGACCCAGACAAAGUGACAAUGCAGGCCGGCCCGCGUGGCCGUGCCACGUCCAUGAGUACGUCUCCAGUAUCAGGUAUGCAGGCUCUGCGCCGCGACCCGUCUCCAUCCGUCCUGCGUCCCGCCCGCAGUGACUCGUCUCCCUCGAUGACUCGCUUUGACGCGUCUGUGGCAGCUGGUCCAAAACGUGGCCACACGCGGUCGUUUUCGUCUGGCGCUUCGUCGCUCGAGUCGGUUCCUCACCCGGCGGCGCUGUCGGCCGCGCUCAGCAAGCUCCAGGCCGAUCCGACUCCUCCCGUUGUUGGCAAGUUUUCCAACCUGCCAGGACUUAGUCCUCUCGUGGAAAGUGAAUUUAGCCGGCGCGGCACCGUCGCCGAACCGGAGCAGAUGUCGCCCACGUCGCCCACGUCGCCUACAGAGCAGGCACGGAACAUACAGCUUGGCCCCAAGCUCGAGCACGCCCGCUCAAACUAG